AUGUUAUCAAACAAUGGCCUGAUUUGUGAAGUGAUCGCUCUCAGAGAGAUCCGCCGCUACCAGAAGUCCACUGAGCUGCUGAUCCGCAAGCUGCCCUUCGAGAUCGCUGAGGACUUCAAGACCGACCUGCGCUUCCAGAGCUCCGCCGUCAUGACUCUGCAGGAAGCCAGCGAGGCUUACCUGGUCGGUCUGUUCGAGGACACCUGGGCAGUGUGCGCCAUCCACGCCAAGAGGGUCACCAUCAUGCCCAAAGACAUCCAACUGGCCCGCCGUAUCCGCGGAGAGAGGGCUUAAACAGACCCCAGAUCUGUUUACACCACAACAUGUAGGCCAACUAUGAGACAUGAGAGUGUUUUAUUCCUUUUAAUUGGUACGUGUCUCGGUCUCACUAAAUCUAUACAUAUUAAACUGGAAAGCCAUGAGCUAUUAAUUAAACACAACAAUAAAUUAUUAUUUAUGUUUUGCUAAAUGACCAACCAAGUGACACAGACUUACUGUAUGUCUUGGCUUGACAUUAAUGUUGGGGAUAAAAGUCAAUAGCAUUAUGAGUGGUUAGGAUUGUUGUGCAUGUAAACACUCUGA